CAGGCUCGGGCAGUCAUGGCGGACGAGUACAGGGCCAUGCACCAGCAGGGGAUGCCCAUGACGGGCAUGGCGGGGACGGGCGUGGGCGGCGUGGGCCCCGGCGGCACCGCCAGGCCCAUGGUGGACCCCGAGGCCGAGGGCGAGGUGGACCCGACGCGGUACCCGCAGCCCAAGGAGGCCACGCACAAGAUCCGCGGCCGCCAUGACGUCCUGGAGUACCUGUUCGGCACGGUGGACCAAGAGCUGCUCAUCGUCAAGACCUUCUACUUCUUCUUCUACGCCGCCUUCGGCUCGCUGUUCCCGCUCAUGGGCGUCUACUUCAAGCAGAUGGGCAUGAACCCCGGCCAGUGCGGGCUGCUCAUCGGCUCCAGGCCCUUCGUCGAGUUCCUGUCGGCGCCCUUCUGGGGCACCCUCGCCGAUCGGUGGCAGAAGGGCAAGCUGCUGCUGCUGUGCUCGCUGUCGUGCUGGAUCAUCUUCACGCUGCCCCUGGGCUUCAUCCAGCCCCCCGUCACGUCCUGCAUCAAGCACAAGAACGCCACCGACUGGGUGCUGCAGACGCCCGAGCUCAACCGCAUGCUCAAGCGCGAGGCGCCCCUGUCGCUGUUCCUGCUGGAGGAGGCGGACGAGGAAACCAUGUCGCCGGCGCAGCGCUUCGGCCUGGACCGCUCGGCGCGGGUGGCGCGCGCCGCCAUGCCCUACUACAGCGCCGGCACCUCGCCCCACGACGUCGCCUUCGCCUCCAACUACGACCCCAAGCUCAACAAGAACUGGGUCACGCCGCGGUACAGCUCGCUCGUCUACAAGGUCUCGGACAUCCAGAAGGCGUUCUUCCUGCUCAUGCUCCUGGUGGUGAUCGGCGAGUUCUUCGCCGCCCCCGCCAUCACGCUGGCCGACUCGGCCGUCAUCACGAUCCUGGGCGAGGACGCGGACCACUACGGCCACCAGCGCAUGUUCGGCUCGCUGGGCUGGGGGCUGGCCAUGUUCUUCGUGGGCAUCGCCCUGGACCACUCCACUGCCUUCCCGGACCACCCCUGCGGCCCCCAGGAGCGCGAGAAGAACUACACCAUCUGCUUUGCGACCUUCUCGGUGCUGAUGGGCGCGGCGCUGAUCGUGGCCACGCAGAUCAACUUCAAGUACGAGUCGCACAGCGAGCAGCCCGUGGUGGAGCAGGCCAAGCCGCCCCAGGAGCCGACGCGGGAGGAGUACCUGCAGCAACAGCUCGCCCAGCAGCUCAACCUGCCCUCGCUGGCGGACACCUCGGGCGCCGGCCAGGCCAAGGAGCCGAACGUCGGCAAGACCAAGGUGUUCGCCCAGACGAACCGCGAGAUCCCCGAGUGGGUGACCGUGCUGUCGCACUUCAAGAACCUCAAGUGCGCCUCGUUCCUGUUCGUCGCCUGGUUCAUGGGCUUCGGCAUCGGGCUCAUCUUCACCUUCCUCUUCUGGCACCUCCAGGACUACGGCGGGUCGCCCACCCUCUUCGGCGUCGCCUCCGUCAUCAACCACAUCUCCGAGAUCUUCGCCUACUUCUUCAGCUUCCGCCUCAUCAAGCAGAUGGGCCACGUGAAGGUGCUGUGCCUGGGCCUGGUGGGCAACAUCCUGCGCUUCCUGUACAUCUCCUGGCUGAGGAACCCGUGGUGGGUGCUGCCGUUCGAGUUCAUGCAGGGCAUCACGCACGCCGCGGUGUGGGCCGCGUGCUGCUCCUACAUCGCCCACAACACGCCGCCGGACAUGCGCGCCUCGUCGCAGGGCGUGCUGCAGGGCAUCCACCACGGCCUCGGCCGCGGCUGCGGCGCCGUCCUCGGCGGCAUGCUCGUCACCUCUUUCGGGACCACUGCCACCUUCCGGAGCUACGGCGUGUGCUGCGCGUUCGUGCUGGCCGGCUUCGUGUUCAUCAACUUCUACCGCAAGGACCAGGGCUUCGUGUCGGACCUGCCCCAGACGGAGGACCCCCACCAGGUGGCCGAGGAGACGGCGCACCUGGCGCCGCACGGCGUGCCCAGCAACCCCAUCCCCAGGGCCUUGUCCUCGUCGCGGCUGCACGAGCUGGCGCAGCAGCAGGCCAACGAGGGCUACGGCGCCACGUACCAGACUUCGGCCGGCGGCAACCUGGACAUCCCCGGCGCAGGCGGAGCUGCCACAAAUCCAUUCCGCGCGGAUAACAACAACCAACAGGGCUUUGCUUAUGGCAAUGGAGCAGGGUACAACUACACCCAGUGAUUUAGACGCAGAUAGCGGUUCUAUGAAUACGAUCAGCAGGGACCGGCUGCACCAACAGAGCUUUAUACCCAGCAGCCUCCCCAACAGCAACAGGGUUACCCCUGGUGAAAACUUCACACUGUGUACACUUUUGACCCUUGUAUUUCUGAAUUGACUUUCUUUAUUUGGAGACAUUUUGUUCUUUCCAUUACUGCCCUCUCCAUCGGGGUCAAAAAAUAUUGUACUCUUUUUAACAAUCAUUUUCAGUGAUAUACGACUAUUUGAAAGGUACGUUUUGAAUGCUAGUCAACAAUUCCACACUUAUACUCAAAUAAUAUUAGUCAAGAGAUUUUUAGGAAAUGAACGCAAUGUGUGCAAGUAUUCAAGUAUUGGCCAUUAAGAAAGACAUGUUUUACUCUCCUGCUCAAAACAUUACUGAUGGUAUUCAUGAAAACUUGUAUGAUGCCGCUAUUGACAAAAAGCUCAUAAGUGUUAGCUGUUUUGAGUUGAACAAAUUAAUGGGUGAGCAAGGGCAUUCACAAGGGAACGAUGGGUCAUCACGCACAGGAAUAAGACUCAAGUAUUGUAAGAAAUUCAAGAUUGUUUUCAGCCCCCACUUCUUGUAUUGUACAGCAAUCACUAGAUAUAUUUCACUGACUAUACAAGCUUCAUCAAAUGCCCACUAAAAACUAAACAACUUGAGGAGAGAAACUACGCUUUGAGUUUUAUUUAAACCGUACAAGAUAUUUGUCUUUUGAAGAAAAGACUAAAAUAUGCAGAUUCAUGAGGCUUGUUGAAAAAUGAUCCAUUCCUGUACAACAACAUUCCUUCUGUGGCAAUUUCUUUGAUUCUAAAAUUGUACGAACUGAUAUUUGUGAAGAGUACUUAAUGUAUGACUAAAGAUCAAGUAGGCUAACUUCAUAAUGUGCCAUUAUUUGUGAACUUCCCAAAAUCGCACCUGUGAUGUCUUUUUGUUGUGUGGAUGCUUAUAUUUUUUUGAUUUAUUUAUUUUGCUAUAGGCAAUGUGUUUCUUUUGAAAUUUAUAUUAUGUUUCCCCUAGAUAUUGAUUAUUGAUUACCUGUGCAGUAUUUGUUGGAGUACACAGUUACCAUAAUGAUGAUAUUUUCUUUUUAAGUUAUGGGAGAUUCAUAUAGUAUACUCUUAAUUUUCUCCUUGUUUUUUCCAUGUUUACAGUAGGCAUGGCAUUCCAUAAAUGUAUCUUUAUGGUUGUACAGUGAAGUGUGCAUGUACAUAUGCUGUAAGUUACAUGCUCAUUAAUUUUUGAAGGAGUGUUAAAGAAUUUGUUAUUAGAUACUUAAAGGCUUUUUAUAUGCUCUAUGACACAGAUUUAUGAAAUUCCUGGCAAAAGAGGCAUUUCAGAUCAUUUCUCUGGCUUUGUACAUAAGCUUCUUUUUCAAUGGAAAAUGCAACCUUUGAGUGAAAUUAGAUGAAAUGUAUGAUCCAUUACAUCCGCAGGACCAUAUCGCAUGAAUCCCUUUCUCAUCGAAAAUCUCUUUUCUAUUGUGUGUGCUUUUGUGAAAAUGUUAUUUUGAAAACAUAUGUUGGAUCUACAAACACUCCAGUUUCCUUCAUGCGGACACAAAUCUUAAAAAUGUCCUUUUGGAAACUAUUAUUUAUUGCAUUUCUAUAACAAAAUGGGUAAGAUGAGGGUGGAAUGAAAGCAUUAGUCCUUUUCCAGCAGGCUUUAGAUGUUACCCAAUUUUUGCGAAUUCUUCUUCAACUGUUACAUAUAAGCACAAUCAGCAUGUGCAAUGCUUGAUUUUGAUGUGGUAGUGGCAACUUUUAAGUUAAGAUAGGGACGAGAGUCAAUGAAAUACUCUCCUCUUUUGGUUUAAAAAAUAAAGAACUUGUGUUCACAAAUAGAAUAGAACUAAUUAUAUUUAAAGAAACAUGUAAAUGUAAAAUGUGAAUUCUUUAAACUUCCUCAUGAACAUGUUAGUAUAUUUAAAAAUUGUGGUUUUCGCCACAGUUAAAAUCUGUUAUCUUGUGGAUUAUCAUGUGUAUCAUAUGUAUAGGAGAAAGCUUCUUAAAGCAGUGCAUUGACGAAAAACCUUUAGGAAAAUUGUACAUUCAGAUUUUGAUAAUAUUUCUGCUUCUCAGCCUGUUGACCCAUUCUGAGUCGUUUACCGGGUGUUAGAAAUUUGGUGGACACAUCCCCUAAAGAAAUGUGAAGCUUCUUCAAACCUUUGAGACAGCAUCUCAGAUCAAAAUUUUAGAACGUCAAAUGAGAGCCUCCAACAGAAACAAAGUAGGAAUCGCCUUGGAGUGUUCAUCUUCAUCAUACAUAUCAUCACAAAAUAUGUCAUUAUUUUUGUUAAGCAUUGAUAUUUUAAAUCAUAUUUGAUAUGUAACUGUUGGAAAUUAUUUGCUGUAAACAUCUUAAUUGUUUGAAUAUUUUGAAACGAUUUGGUAUCUCAAUGUUAUACUUCUUUGAGCGGGUUAUUAAAUGUUUAGUUUGUAAAUUGUUGCUAGCUGUAGACAGCAUACUGAAUUAAACAUAAACCUCACCA